GUUACUUCAUUGUGUUGCUGAGGUUAUUAUUGUUGUGCGAGACUUCCAGAAAAGUUAAGAAUACGGUUUAAAUUAAAACUUUGUUAAAUAAUCAAGUGUUUUGCAGGUACAUUCUUCUUUGCUACACAUUCCAACAUGGCAGCCUUUAAAAAUCGAUAUUUGUGUUGGUGAAAAUUGAAAUUAGAGCACACUUAAAUUUAAUUGCAAACUUAAGCCAAAAAAUAAAAAAAAUCAAGAAUAAAAAUGUCCUGGCAAGGUGGCCCUCAGUACUAUCAAGAUCCUAAUCAGCAAUACUAUGGUGGUGGUCAACCACAAGGUGGUUAUUACCCUCCACAAGGUGGCGGUUAUGGUUAUCCUCCGCAGGGUUAUCCACCACAAGGGCAAGGGUAUCCGCAACCCGGCGGUUAUCCGCAGCCUGGUGGUUAUCCGCAGCCCGGUGGUUACCCACAAGAUGGAUAUCCGUCCGCUCCACAACCUGGUUUUAUUCAACCUCCUCCCGCAGGUGGCAAUUAUGGAGGCUAUGAAGAUCCAGAAGGACAACCGAAAAAUUUCUCUUUUGACGAUCAAAGCAUUCGUAAAGGAUUUAUACGUAAAGUUUAUAUGAUUUUAAUGGGGCAAUUGUUGGUCACUUUUGGAUUUGUUGCACUUUUCGUUUUCCAUAAACCGACACAACAAUUCGUCCAAAGGAAUCCAGCUCUGUUUUGGGUUGCAUUAGCUGUUUUGCUUGUAACAAUGAUUGCUAUGGCUUGUUGCGAAGGCGUCCGACGUAAGACACCAAUGAAUUUCAUAUUCCUGACCUUAUUUACUUUAGCCGAGUCAUUUCUUCUGGGCGUGUCUGCUAGUCGAUAUGAAUCUCAAGAGGUAUUAAUGGCAGUUGGCAUCACAGCAGCAGUAUGUCUAGCAUUGACACUAUUUGCCAUGCAGACUAAAUACGAUUUUACUAUGUGCGGUGGUGUGCUUCUUGUUGCUAUGGUUGUAUUCUUGAUCUUUGGUAUUGUCGCCAUAUUCGUGCCUGGCAAAAUAAUGACGUUAGUAUAUGCUUCUUGCGGUGCAUUACUGUUCUCUAUCUAUUUAGUGUAUGAUACACAAUUGAUGAUGGGUGGAGAACAUAAGUAUUCCAUCAGUCCGGAAGAAUAUAUAUUUGCUGCUUUGAAUCUAUAUCUAGACAUCGUCAACAUAUUUAUGUACAUAUUAACAAUAAUUGGAGCCGCAAGGGAUUAAAAGGAUUAAGCUCAGCUUAAAUUAUUUUUAGUUCUAUUUAUUCAGCAAGCCAACUCAUUUAAGAUUUGUUGGCAUUCUGUUAUCAAAACUCCUACACCACGAUAUCAUUAAUACAUUUGUUGAACAUAAAAAAAAUAUUGAUAGUUAAAAGUUAGUUGAAUAUAUUCUUAUAAUGAUAUAUGUAUGUAUAUUAAAAUAUAAAUUCUACGCAUUAAGAAGAAGCAAUGUUGAUGUUUGAAUAAAGUUAAGAAAAAAAAUGUUAACUCAUACCAAAUAUUCCAUAAGCUAAAGAUCCAGUGAAGAAAAAUCACUUU